AUGCUCUGUUUCCUGUCCAUGUCUCUAUCUCUCGCUGCCUCUGCUUCUAUCCCACCCGCAGGGAACCGGCGGAGGCCUCCGCAUCCCGUGGUGCUGCAGUGGAUCGCGGAGGCUGGGGAUCAAGUCCCCAAGCAAAUCAUCAUCGACGCGUUCCGCCACUGUGGGAUUUCAAGCAAGCUGGACGGAACGGAGAACCACCUGGUGAUGUCUCACCUGCGCGCCAGGAGCACCACCGAUGUCUCUAAGGACAUGACCCUCGGGGGGACCACGGGCGACAACACGCGCCUGCUCGGUCAGGCUUCAGAGGAGGAGGAGGAGGAGGAGGAGGAGAUGCAGGCGGAGGGCGUGAGGGAGGUGGCCGUGGCAACCGGCCUGGAGGUGCUGUACCAGGAGACCCCCAACUACCGCGGAGCGGCGGCCGAGGCUGACCGCAAGAUUGAGCCUAGGAAGACGGCUAGGCAUGCCUGGCGAGUGCCAGACCUGGGUGUAGAGCCUGUUGUUAGUGCAGGUGAGGAGGCGGUGACUGAGGGGGGUUAG